AUGUUUAAUCCUUUGCAAUUUCAGCGACGACGGCGGGCUUCCGAGGAUGAUGACAGCAGCGAGGAUGAACGUCCUGGCCUGGGAAGGCCAAAGGACAUUGCAGACGAACAGCCGCUAACAGACGUGGACAGACAGUAUGGUAUCGGUGCCUCGUUGCUGCGUCAGAUGGGUUACGUCGAGGGAAAAGGGCUGGGAAAGGCCGAACAGGGAAUUGUGGCCCCCAUAGAGACCAAGAUGCGUCCGCGAGGACUGGGAAUUGGCGGUUUCGAUGAAAAAUCGCCGGAAGAAGUCUCGUCUGACGAUGAGCCAAUCUCCGAGGUGGCAUUUGAAAGCACUCUGCCGUCUCUGUACUCGCUGAUCGAGCAGUUUGAGCAACUUGGUACUACCGUGCCUGUAAAAAUCAAAGAGAUGUGUGACAACGGCUUUGAAACGGUUGAAAUACGAACAGCUUUGGCGGGCAUGCUCGAACAGCUCAAAGACGUCCAGGCCAAGAUCGAUUUUGCUCAGCACGAGCUGGAGCAACAGCGGAAGAUAGAGGCGGUAUCAAGAGAGCGCCGUUUGGCGCUGCAGCGAGUUUUGGACGGAAAUCAUGGAAUGAUCGAGGAUGACGAGGACAGGGAGAUGGCGGCCAAGAUGUUGAUGGCCAAGCUAGAGCCUCUAGUUCGCGAGCUAAUGGACUCGUGGGAUCCUACCAAUCUUGAUUCGAAUGUUCCAGAUCGGUUGCUGGAGUAUAAGAGCGAAUUUUCUCUAUUUGAAUCUGAUCACGACAAUGCCUACCAGGCUCUAGUCAGUCAAUUAUGGGAGAAGAAGGCCGGCGAGUUCUAUGCUACAAAAUGGUCUGUUUGGCAGCCAAAUCUGGGGAUCGCAUUGAUUGAGGAUUUUCAGGAACUCGUGUCUGAAGCGGCUGUUGCGCGAAUGUACGAAACCGUGCUGCUGCCGAAAUUUAAGGACGAAAUUAGCCACUGGAAAAUAGAAGAGCCUGGGCCCGAGACGUGGCUGACAGACUGGCUGAACGUGAUGGAUGAGCGGCUUGUCGACCAGGUGGUGGCAAACAUUUUCCAGAAAUACGCGGACUGGAUACUCCUCGGAUGGAACAUAGAGGAGCAGCAGCUUCCGGCAAAGAGAGUUCAUCUGAGUCUGUGGCUUGAUCUGUACGGAGAUGACCAGACCAGACAAAAGAUGGAGUCCUCUGUGAUCAAAAGAUGCGUCCAGGAGCUGAGAAAAAGCAAGCUCCAGAACGCUGACGUUGUGCAGUUUGUCGCUCUUCUACGUGCGAACAGAGUUCGGUACGACAAGAUCGACUAUCUGCUUGAAAACGAGGUUGUUCUGUCGUGGACCGACAAAUUUUACUCCCUUCCAGAUGCCAGAGACCAGUACCACUUCCUUUUCAACUCUCUGGUUCGACUGUACGCACGGCUAUUUUCAUGCUACCAUUUUCCGCGACUCCAAAAAUAUCUCGUUUUGGCACUCGACCACCUCAACUUCCUAUAUAAAACUUCCCUACAACAGCUCCAGAUGAUUCCCCCGCCAAAACACCGUUUUGUUUCGCAGCGGGAACCUUCGCUAUCCAAGCUGGUGGAGGCCACGGAAAACCUCAGUUUCAAGCCGCAAAGAAAAAUUACCAUUACUCUCAAACAGCUGCUGGACGACUACUGUCAGGAGCACGACCUUUUCGUCCUGCCUGAGUCCACUUUGAUGGCAGGAAAGGCUAUGUAUCGCGUCACCAGAAACAUGAAGAGCGGUCUUCUGAUAUAUCUGGACGACGACGUCGUAUGGGCGAAAACUGGUGCAGACUUCGAGCCCGUCGCGUUUAACGAAUUGGAACAUUAUGUACAUUAA